GUGACAGAGAGAGGAGGAACAGGAAUACGAAAGCUGCUGCAACACUGAAUGAGACACAUUUCUCAACUUUGGUAUAAAUAUUUUGGACUUUUUGAUUGACUAAAAUAAGACAAAUCUAAUAGAAGGCUAAAUCAGAGAAUGCUAUCUUUUUCCUGAUUUUGUUUGAUUACCUUUUGUUUGGGAACCAGUGGAUUUCAGGUCAAGGAUUGGAGGUAAGUGAUUAGAACGCACAUAGCAUGCAUUCACAGAUUCAAUACAACGAUCAUUAUGCUGUAAAACAAAUUAAUGUAUUCUCUCUUCGGAAGCAUUGUCAUGCACUCUCACAAUAAGAUGAACCCCAACAUUGAUGAGAUGGAAAUAAGUUGCUCUGGUAGCUACGUAAAGAUUGUAUGAAAUUUCACUCUAGUGGUAUGAUUGAGUUCAGAAAUGUUCUUGACAAUAUGUGGGAUCUGUACAUCAUGGCACCUACUGUAAGAUUUUUACGGAUCCUAAACCCAGUCAUCAAGUAUGAAUGGAUUCUAUGCAUGUGAGUUACUUGGAAGGGAAGUUGGUCUGAAGUGAAACCUAGACUUUUCCGGAAUGUGAUUGGGGUUAUCAGGCAGAUCAAUGACUGAGAUAUAACAUGUGGCACUACAGUACUGUGGUCAAACUGGUUGGGUGGGUAAGUCACAGGUUAGUGAGUGAGGGACAGUUCGAGACUGACACAGGGAGGAUCUCUAGGUGAGGAUGUUCAGUUUCCUCUUGGGUCAUCCAGGUGGCAUCAUCUAUGGUGAGAGGACAGUACGCUCAGGACAAUAAAUUGCUCAAAUCAAAGCAGUUGGAUUCUAAGACUCAUUGAUGACUGACAAUACCAAAGGAACUACACCCAUCAUACAACAAAGUUAUUUUGACUACACCCUCUGUAACACAGUUCUAAAUCAUUUAUGAAUGAGAGGCUCUGUAGUGUCAUCAUUCUUACAAUGAUCUUCACCUUUACCAAGUAAGAGUUUUCCUCAAAUCGGCCUACUCUGCCUCCAGGAAAACCCAGACAGCUAUCAAGUAACAGUCACAUGAUGACAGACGUCUCACAAUAUCUUAUCAAUGUAAGUGUUUUUAAUAUUAUUUCAAUUGUAUCAUAUCAGAACUUUAAGUGUUAUAACCAUAUAAUUAACAUACAGACCUAUGAAGAUGACGUACCAUGCUUUCUACGUGUUCCCUUGGGAACGCACCCAAAGUCUAUCUCUCCAUCUCAUCCCAGUCUUCUUUCUUUAUUCCACUUCCCUGUGCAGCACCUGGUGACGUUCUCCCUGCAGGAUGGGGAGGUGAAGACUGUGGAUGAGGCCCAGUCUCGGCUGUCCCUCCUGGCCCGGUCGGAGAAGCUGUGGAGCCAGCAGAUGGUUCUGGAGGUCAGCCCUGAGGCCCUCCGACUCAGAGACACACAGAGCCAGGUGGGCUGUGCAGGAUGAUGUACUACAGUACCCAUAAUACUUUGCACAUCUCCCUACCAAUACAGGUGGCAUAAUAUUUAUGUAGGGACUGUGGACAAAGGAACAGAGGACUCCAACAUGGGGGGUCACAAUAAAAAAGUUGCUUUAUAUGAGGCGCGUGAACAGUAGGACAAUGCCUUAUUUAUUAACAAAGACAAGUUACAUUUUGGUUAAUGUUGUACAUAUGACCUUCAUGAUGCUACUGAUUUAAAAGCACUUUAGUCUUCAGACCUUAUUUUCUAAUUGACAUUAGCUAUGGUUAUAUGAGAGGCGUUGCAGUUCCAGUCAUUUGAAAUGUUGAAUGUAUUGUAUUCACGCAGGAUGAGUUGGAGAAAUAUCCAGUUUCAGCUAUCCAUCGCUGUGACGCCAUCCUCACUGAGAAACGAUUCCCAUCCCUUCUUUUACUUGUUUGCCAAAGCGCAUCUCAGAAAAAGCCUGACGUUCUCUUCUUCAACUGUGAGACUGUAAGGGUGAGUGCAUCUGUAUAGGUGUUUUAAGGAUUUGUCUAAACACCCAUAAAAAAAUGUAUGAUGCUUCAGAAAACUCCUGGGAGAUCAGACCAGGAAAAACUCCUGACCCUAGUUACAGAUGUAGGAUCUUAAUUUGAGCCAGUUUGCUACAGCAGGAAAAUAAUCUUGCAGCAACAGGAAAUGUGAAUUAUUAUGUGGAUUAUAAUUCAUGGACAUUUUUGUAGGGAUUGUUAAAAGGGAAAAUCAAGUCAGAUAUUUUAUUAUUUUUUAUAAGAUCGUCUGUAUAACAUGCGUUCUUAAACUAUAUGUGAUAAACUGAUAUGGUAUGCAUUCUGAAUGGAAAUGAACUGCCACUGUAGUUCAGGUUCAACCGGACAACAGUGAUGUCUUUUAUUGUUGGUUGUGUUCGCAGGCACAGCAAAUUCGUGAUGACAUCACAAGGGCAGUGUCAGGUUACUUAUCGAGGUCCAAGAAGUGCCCAGAGGCCCUCAGGUACUGUGAUCAUUAUUGUCCUUCAUGGUGGAGAGAGAGCGAGAGACAGAGAGUGAGAGACAGAGAGCGAGAGAGGGGGACAGAGAGAUAUUUAAAAGAUAAUAGAUCCUUUAAAUGAAGUAGAAGUGUCCCACGGCCAUGACUGACUUAUGGUGUUUAUGCCCUUAGAAAAAAAGGCGCUAUCUAGAACUUUAAAGGGUUCUUCGGCUAUCCCCAUAGGAGAACGAGAGAGAGAGAGAGAGAGAGAGAGAGAGGUGGAGUGGAGAGAGUGACCAGCUGAGAACGAGGGAGGACAGACUUGUUUGACUGGUUCCUACAUAACUUAAGAAGGUGUGACAGAGAGAACAAGGCCAUUGUGGUAGGGAGGAAAGGAGAGAGAGAAUGGGGCUGGUUCACUGAUGCAGGCCUAAACUCAGAAAUACUUUGAAACACACAGUGAAAGGUAAUUUAAAGGACACACAGAAAAGGUAAGAUAUAAUUAAGAUGCUACCUGGUGUAUAUUUAUGAAUUGACGCACUGCAUUGAAAUUCAUACUGUUGCAUAGGUAUUACUUUGUGUACAGUAUGUAUGUCUUCGAGGGUUAGCAAACAGACCAAUGUCAAACAACGUCUCGACCUACAAAUGUGACAAAUGUGACAGAACUCUGUCUGUCUAAAUCUUUUGUGCCAAUUCUGACUAAAGUUGUUGAGGAAUACAUUUGCUUUGUCAUUUUAGCUAUAGAAAGUUGUAUAUGUGCGUUGACGUGUUUAUUUUUAUUUUUUAUUUUUUUUAGGGGGUAGAUCAGCUUUAAUAUUUCAGAUAGAUUGUAACUUUCAUCAAUGUAAUUGUCUGCAUCACUUCCAAUCCCCCAUAUAUAUAUAUAUAUAUAUAUAUAUAUAUAUAUAUAUAUAUAUAUAUAUACACACAUACACAUAAACAUAUACACAUAUAUACACACACAUACACACACACAUAUAUAUACAUACACAUAUACAUACAUCCAUACACACACACAUAUCCUUUUUUAAAAUUAUAUUUCCCUUCAUUACUUUCCAACCCCACCACCCCUUCCCCAAUUGGAGUAAACUAGUGAACAACAACGCUUAGGCCUCUACUUCCAGCCCAUACAUACUAUAUACAUUUUAUGAUGUCCAUCUGGUUUGCUUCUAUAUGCCAUAUUUUUCUAACUGUGCUCUUUCACAAAAGCUCUCAACCUAUAACCUAUAUACUUAUUAUGGACACAGUAUGCUUUACAUUAGUUAUCUUGUUGUUAUUAGUUGUUGUUAUUAGUCCCAUACUUCAGCUCCACUCAUCCCCUCCCAUCUAUCUCUUAACACCAUCCAUAUUGGAUUUCUAUUUGCCAUAUAUUUUUCAACUGUACUGUGAUGUUUUACAAAAGAUCUGAACCUUUCUAUUCUCAUUGUUUCUACAGAUCGUAAAUUGAAAAUAAACAUUUUUGCUAAAAGUAUUAUUAUAUUAUUGAUCGAUUGACUAUGACUUUUCAGAUCACCCAGUAGUGCUAUCUGCAGGGUUAGCUCCAGGUAAAUAUUGCAAUCCUUUAGCCAUUCCUGGACCUGUGUCCAAAAACAAGCUACAACUGGACAGUACCAAAACAAAUUAUCUAAUGAUUCUGUCUCUUCGCAGCAAAAUCUGCAGAGCUGGGAAGAUUGUAUCCCCCAUAUAAAUAACAUUCUAUUGGUAAAAAGAAUUUUAUAUAAUCAUUUAAAUUGAAAAAUUCAACGUUUUGAAUCCGGCGUCGUUUUGCGUAUCAAUUCAUAAACACUAUGCCAUGGAAUCGGUACGUCAAAAAUCUCUUCCCAACUAUUUUGCUAUCUAUAUGGGAUGGCUGUCAAUCCUUUGUUCCUUAAAUUAAACUGGUAUACUUUUUUAUUUAUCACAAUUUUCUUUAACCAAUUAUAUUCUUUAACGCAAGGCCGACAGACAAGAUCCUUACUUUUUCCCCCUUCCACUUUCCUUUUCCAUUUUGACGUGUUAGUCACAGUGGGCCUACGUUGACAUUGAUAUGAGAACAAAUCUAAGGACCUCUGCUGGUUAAAUCUGACAUUUUAUAUUUUAAAACGUUUAUUUUCGCAAGAUUGGCACAAAUCAAGAUUGUUUGUGCUUUCAUUUCAGUUUAUCAGAUGAUCAGAAAAUGACCUAUUGUAACCGGAUUGUGUACAUUUGACUGUAAAUGUCGAUCAUUAUUUACCAAGGAGAUUCAAUAAGUUUCGUACGCCUUUAGUGAAGGGCGUUUCCCAUGGUGUUGAAUGAAUGGUUGUUAUCAGCAACAGUCAUGAUGACCUAAAACAUAGGAACAGCGUUGACAUUUUUGCAUGAAUCAUAUUCAUGAUUAUGACAGGCCUUUGUUGCAAGUUAGGAUAUUGACCUUACUGACUAGAGCUUAAUUUGUGUUUUUUCAGCUGAAUUCCAACCAUGAAGUCAAAUGAGAAAGUUGCUUUACAAAUCUAUCCUGGAAGGUAGAAAGGUGCAUGAUAUAUUAUAUGUCCUGAUUUCCAAAAAAUGUAUCUCCUUUUCCUCCAGACUUCCUCCGAUAGACCCUGUUCUUCCCCAAAAUACCAAAGCAGCGAUGAUGGACCCCUACGGAAUUCCGAGUCCCCCCAUUCCACAUGCUCCCAACGCCCCGCCUGUCAACCCUCCCCCUUACCCAGGAAUCAGAGGUAAGAAGAGAGGAGCCAUCUUGUUUGUUUGAGUGCCAAUGUUUGUGUAUGCUCUGGCAAUUUACAUAUUUGCCAUGUCAAUUAAAUGCUUUGAACCGAAUUGUCUAGGAGGGGAAGAGUGGGGAAGAGAGAGGAUGAGAGAGAGUGAGGGAGGGAGGGGAGAAUGAAGCACCGGUAGAGGUAUUUCAACCGGUAAUCAACAGUUGAAACAAUAACAAAGUGAACUCCCCGCCCCUGUUUCAGUAAAAAGGGAUGGGGCUGGAGAAAUGUAACCAUUCUCAGAUUUAUAGACAGAGCUAUGGAUGCAAGGACUGACCCUCCAUGAUAUCAAACUUAUAGUUGUAACAAUGUUUUGAGGCUAUAUAGUGUCUGUUUACAUUUACUUUGUUUACAAACAUUGGAGUAAAACAAGCUUAUAUUUUGGGUUCUGCUGGGGAAUGACAGUUGAACUAAGCUCAUGAGGCAUUUAUAAGUUAAAUUCUUCAAGAAUCAAUGAGUACCUAUCAUACAUUUAUAAUUCCAAAAAUGAAUGUAGCAACUGCAGAUUGUCCCUUUAAGGUAAAAGGUUCUCAUGAGGACAGAGGUUGCAUUGUGUGUGUUGGGGGAAGGUGUGUUGGUAGUUAGAGUGGGCAGGAAUUCUGAAUGCAGGAAAUUCCAACUAAGGUCAUGAAUGGAAAUGGACGAUCUGAAUCUCCUUUUAUGUCCUCAACAGCGAAUGGUGUUAACAACGGGCAACAACCUGAUAUCUCUUUUCUACGAGCUGAGAGAGAAGUGGUACGUAAUAAUACUAUUAUAUGCUUUAAAAUUCCAAUAUAAUAUGUUUUAAUCACAAUUUUACUGUAGGGUUAACUGUUUUCUCAUGCGUGUCUACAUUUCAGGGGAUCCUUAAUCACUGUUUCGAUGAUAUUGAGGUCUUCAUGGCAAAACUACAACAGACUGCAGAAGCUGCCACAGUUUUAAGCCAGAGGAAGAAGAAAAAUAAGAAAAGUCGCAAGCAAACAGCAGAGGGUAAGAGGGAUAAGGAAUUUGUUUUCUGUUUUGUCUUAAGCAACUAUAGGGCUCAACAUUAAGAAGGUUCACAUGAGCAAGAAUAGGUUUGCUGGCCAUGUGACCUCCUAAACUGGUUCAACUCAAGAUGCCGUUCAAAGCUGAAAUAACUGAUAUUUUUUGGAUGUCUUUUAUCUCAAAAAUAGAGGACUUGCUUACUGCAAAAGCUCACCCUCCACCUGAAGAAGAAUUCAUGGACAUCUUCCAAAAAUUGAAAUACUGCUUCAGCCUACUGGUGAGUAAAGGGGACAUUGCCAUGACUACUCCACAUUUCUUUCAAGGUUUCGUUAUGUCAACAAAACAGUUUAGAUAUUGUGUACCCACUCAUCAUCUUUCUUCCCAGGCUCAUCUCAAGUCUUCCAUCUCCAACCCAUCCUCAGAAGAGCUGCUCCACCAUGUGUUCAAACCUCUAGAUAUGGUGAGUCAGCAAUGAUAACCUUUAUACCCAUUGCUUAUGCUCUGGAGGGAGAGAACUAUGGCCAAUGGUUUCCAACACAGAGGUUACUGGAUGAAACCUUUAGAUAUUUUGAGUGCUGUUCAAUAUUUGCUCAAGGUAGUGUCCAGUGUGUUAUCACAGAUUUAAACUUUGGCCACAUGAAAAAGGCAGUAUUCUUUAGCAAAACCAUUAUAAACCGACUCAUAAAGACACAAUUUAACCCAAAAGUGUCAUAUGACUGUGAAGUUAAAGUAUUUAAAGUGUAAUGGAAGAUACGCACAGGAGAUAUGUUCAGGUGUGCCAGUUUACUCAGAGAGGGUUGGCACAGUGUAAGAACUGCCUGCCUAUAAAACGAUGCAUCACUCCAUGACAGAAUAGAGGGUGGAAUUGGAAAAACGGCCAGCUUAGGUAUGUGUAUCCUGGCACACCUUCAUGGAAACAGGGAGAAACCAAGAGAGGUGUGACGGCUUGCUUAUCUGUAGCAUACCUGCUGAGAGGGAUGGGAGGGUGAAACCGCACAUGAGCAAUGUUUUCACUAUGGUGAUAUAUAAUGACAUGUAAUAACAUUUACAUAUUGGGUAAUACCAGUCAGUGAUUGGCAAUAUAUUAUAAGGCCUGUUUCCCAGACACAGAUUAAGCCUAGUCCUGGAUUAAAAAGCACUCCAUUGAAAAUGCUUUUUAGUCCAGGACUAGGCUUAAUCUGUGUCUGGGAAACAGGCCUUAUAAUAUAUUGCCAAUCACUGACUGGUAUUACCCAAUAUGUAAAUGUUAUUACAUGUCUUUAUAUAUCACCAUAGUGAAAACAUUGCUCAUGUGCGGUUUCACCCUCCAUUAGGCCUAGAUUGCCCUUCAUAAUGAAUCCAUUAUUUCCAAUGAUCCUGAUCUAAACUGUGGUCUCUUUACUCUGUGUCCCCAGCUGGUGAGGACUACCGGGGGUCCUGCUCUAGGGGCUUCAGUGACCAGUCCUGCCCUGACCAACUCAGCUGUAACCCUUCUUCAAGACAACCUGUCUGAGGAGGAGAGGCAGCUAUGGAUGGCUCUGGGGCCCCACUGGACACUCCCACGGUCAGUAUUGACAACUACAGAACAUUUGAUGCCCCCAUAGACCCAUAUGAUUGGGGUAUUGAGUUUGGCAGUUAGUAGUCUCAUGUCAUGUGCCAGUGUGCCAGACUCAUAAGGCUCUCCUUUGACUCUGAGGCUUUUGGUCUGUGACAUUGGAGCAACGUGACAUGAUGACACAGCAUGACAUGACAAUGUCAAUAUUUAUUCAGCCAGCCGCUGAAAUAGUACAGUAUUUGUAUUGUGGAGAGAGAUUACCUAAUUCCUUUCUAGGCAAUGUCUACACUGGCUAUACUAUUUGAAAUAAUAUUUGUUUGUUAAAGGUCAAAGGUCAGAAAUGUCUCUCUCUACUCUCUCUCUUUCUUCCUCUCUCCUCUCAGUUCCCAGCUCAAAGGCCCAGUGGCCCCGUACACACCUGUGUUCCUGGACGGGUGGAAGCCAGAGGCCUCCAGGGCAGACAGGCAGGUUUGGGAGGAUCCAGUCGAGUCACAACACAAACAUGAAGCCCUGAGGGAAAAACUAGAAGUAUGGAAUAUGAGAGAUGUACACCUAUGUACAGUACCAGUCAAAAGUUUGGACACACCUACUCAUUCAAGGGUUUUUCUUUAUUUUCACUAUUUUUUACAUUGUAGAAUAAUAGUGAAGACAUCAACACUAUGAAAUAACACAUUUGGAAUCAUGUAGUAACCAAAAAAGUGUUAAACAAAUCAAAAUAUAUUUUAUAUUUGAGAUUCUUCAAAGUAGCCACCCUUUGCCUUGAUGACAGCUUUGCAGACUCUUGGCAUUUUCUCAACCAGCUUCACCUGGAAUGCUUUUCCAACAGUCUUGAAGGAGUUCCCACAUAUGCUGAGCACUUGUUGGCUGCUUUUCCUUCACUCUGCGGUCCAACUCAUCCCAAACCAUCUCAAUUGGGUUGAGGUCGGGGGAUUGUGGAGGACAGGUCAUCUGAUGCAGCACUCCAUCACGCUCCUUCUUGGUAAAAUAGACCUUACACAGCCUGGAGGUGUGUUGGGUCAUUGUGCUGAAAAAGAAAUGAUAGACCCGCAAAGCCCAAACCAGAUGGGAUUCUUGUUAUUGGUGUCCUUCAGUAGUGGUUUCUUUGCAGCAAUUCGACCAUGAAAGCCUGAUUCACACAGUCCCCUCUGAACAGUUGAUGUUGAGAUGUGUCUGUUACUUGAACUCUGUGAAGCAUUUAUUUGGGCUGCAAUUACUGAGGCUGGUAACUCUAAUGAACUUAUCCUCUGCAGCAGAGGUAACUCUGGGUCUUCCAUUCCUGUGGCGGUCCUCAUGAGAGCCAGUUUCAUCAUAACGCUUGAUGGUUUUUGCGACUGCACUUGAAGAAACGUUCAAAGUUCUUGAAAUGUUCCGUAUUGUCUGACCUUUAUGUCUUAAAGUAAUGAUGGACUGUCAUUUAUCUUUGCUUAUUUGAGCUGUUCUUGCCAUAAUAUGGACUUGGUCUUUUACCAAAUAGGGCUAUCUUCAGCGUGUCCGAACUUUUGACUGGUAGUGUACAUCAUGUACAUUGAGGAGUUGACAAAGUGUGUGACGUCAUAUGAAUGUGCUCUGUACUGUCCUGACCUCUCCCCCCCCCCCCCCCCCCCUCUCUCGUUCUCUCUCUCUCUCGUUCUCUCUCUCUCUCUCGUUCUCUCUCGUUCUCUCUCUCUCUCUCUCUCUCUCUCUCUCUCUCUCUCUCUCUCUCUCUCUCUCUCUCUCUCUCUCUCUCUCUCUCUCUCUCUCUCUCUCUCUCUCUCUCUCUCUCUAAUUCAGUUGCAGCCUACUCAGCCAGUUGGACCUCCAGUCACCCCUAUGAGCAAUGAAAUGUACGUUUUCAAAUCACGUUUGGAUAAAAAAAAAUAAAAAAAUGUAUUGUUUACUUUUAUUUUGCAGUAGAAUCAAUCAUACACUCCUUUCUUCUCAGGGAUAGCAGUGUCCUACCCCCAGAGGGAGAGAGGAUGUACACCUGCAGCUAUGACUUUGUGGCCCGCAACAACAGUGAGCUGUCAGUACAACAGGGAGAUACACUGGAGGUAAACAUUUGAAAAGUCAUUAAGUGACAUUAAGUAUUAUUACACAACAUAAAUAUUCAGGAACAUUCUUGAACAACACACGCCUGGUAGCUAGUCUCUGUGCAACGGUUCUAGGACUUGCCUCUCUUUUAAUGGUAAGACACAUGGUUGGUACCGAUGUAGGAUCUUAAUUUGAGUCAGUUUGCUUGAGCAGGAAAAUAAUCCUGUAGCAACAGGAAAUGUGAAUUAUUAUGUUGAUUAUAAUUAAUGGGAGAAAAAAAAUCAGAAGCCUUUUUAAACCUCAAAUACACUAGAAGUGUUUGAUCUCCUGCAACAGGGUGAUCAAAUUAAGAUCCUAAAUCUGUAAAUGAGAAAAUCCGGUACACAGUCCGGUAAUAUUGGUGAUACUGUACAAAAUCCAGUUCUAAAACAUUUAUCAUCAAUCAAGCAUUAGUAACGCCUGAGUUUAAAAACCUAGGAAAUAAAUAUUGACACAUAGCACAGGUACACUUUGUCCUUGCCAGAUUCUAGGCAUACUGUACAUACAUACUGGUUGUUACCUUGGCAACAGCUAUCACUUCUAGAGAUAGGAAAUGGUGAGUUGUGUAAUACUACACGAUUAAAUCUAUCACUUGUUUUAUUCUUCCUUAAUUAUUCUCUGUAUAAACAUAGGCUCCUCUCCUUUACCGUGUCAGGUGGUGGAGUCGUCCAAACGCUGGUGGAAGUGUCGUAAUCGCUUCGACGAGGUGGGCUUUGUCCCAUUCAACAUCCUGGAGCCAGUGGCUCACAGAGACAGCCCUGUCAACAUGAGACAACCUAAGGUAACACACACACACAACACCCAUUCUUUUACCCACACCCAGAUACUGGUACUGAUAUUCCUUUCAGUGAUUUGAUAUUCCAUAUCAGUGUUUUCAAUGUUGUUCCCUCUCUCUUUCCUUUCCCCUCUGCUGUCCAGCCUCCAGUCUCACCUGGCCUGACCAAGACUCACAUUCCUCCCAGCCCUCCAGCCUUUAACUCUAGCUCCUUGACUCCUAGCCCCUCAGCGCAACACCGCCCUCGCCCACAAUCAUACAACCAAUACAGCCAACACAUUCCAGCCGGAGACGACACAGACAAAGGUAUCACACUAUACUGAGAGGAUUUACAGCAUAUUUCUGCACUGUGUGCGUGUGUCUUUGUCUGUGUGUGUCAGAGGAGAGACUCAGGCACUACACAGAGAUGCUCUCGGUCUUUGCUCUGCUGUGUGAAUGUAUGUUUGUGUCUGUGUCCAUGCGCAAUUGUGUGUGAAGGAGGCUCCAGAGAAGGGGGAGGUGGUUGUCUGUUUGCACUGUGUGAAUUACAUAAAAACAGGAGAGAAGUGCUUUCAGCUCUUGUAUUUUUAUUUUUUUACAUUUGAGUCAUUUAGCAGACACUCUUAUCUAGAGCAACUAGGGUUAAAUGCCUUGCUCAAGGGCACAUCAACAGAUUUUUCACCUAGUCGGCUCAGGGAUUCGAACCUGCAACCUUUCGGUUACGCUCUUAACCGCUAGGCUACCUGCCUUAUGACAGGAAAGUCUUCUGACUGCUCUGUUUUAGCAAGAUAAGCCAGACAAAGAUAGACAUAGAUAACACUUUAACACGUUGUAAAAACUCUCUCUCUCCUCAGUCAUGAUGGUGAAUGACGAGCUGCUCCAGAGACUGACCAAUGGGAAGGCCAACCUGAACAAGCCCCUGGUCAUCCAUCGCUCGUCUGACACCUUGGUCCCCCUGGACUACCACUCACCCCCCGAAGAGGUGGAGCAGUGGCUCAGGGGGAAGGGCUUCAGUGAGACGUGAGUUUGACGUGACCCCCACCAACCACAAACUCCAUACUGAUCACAUUCCAAUCAGGAACCUAUUCUGCAUCACAUUCCAAUCAGGGACCUAUUCUGCAUCACAUUCCAAUCAGGGACCUAUUCUGCAUCACAUUCCAAUCAGGGACCUAUUCUGGUCAUGGGUACUCCUCAUGUAUAGCGGACUUAUAGUAACUCCAAGAUUUAGGUACUGCUUAUGUAUUUCUUACUAAUCUGUUCAAAGGCAUUUGACGCAAUAUACAUUUUACAUUUACAUUUUUAGUCAUUUAGCAGACGCUCUUAUCCAGAGCGACUUACAGGAGCAAUUAGGGUUAAGUGCCUUGCUCAAGGGCACAUCGACAGAUUUUUCACCUAGUCGGCUCGGGGAUUAUAUACAGAUAUGUAUUUAAUUUCUAACGAAUCAAUUGUAAUUGGUUGAACCUGAAAUAGUCCUCAAGACCGGGACUGAGUAACCCUGUGACUAAGUAGAUCUGUCUAGUUAAUACACAGAGAUGACUCAGUUGUUCAUGGAUGAUUGAAUGGGAUAGGUAAAUGAAGGGUAAAGUCAGAGGCAGGUGACUGACUACCUGUGUGUGUCUCCCAUCUUAGGACGGUGACAUUACUGGGAAAGCUGACAGGAGCCCUGCUCUUCUCUCUGAACAAGGAGGACCUACGACAAGUCCUACCAGACGAGGGCGCCAGAGUGUACAGCCAGCUCACUGUGCAGAAAACACUGUUGGAGGUACUGAUCUGCCUAUUGUGUGUUAAUACACGUGGGAAUUAUUUUAGUAGGCAACCUAUGAUGAUUGCAGUGUUCCUCAGGAUUAUUUUACACAUAAGACUAAUACAAAAUAAUAUAUUUCCCAACAGUUUACUCCAGUUGCACGCAGUUUUAAAUUCAUAAUUUCCCUGUUGUGUCGUCUUACCAUGUUUUGAACUCAUUUGGAAUUAUGUUCUCUCAGGACGCCCGGAAGACCACAGAGCUGGAGGCAGUGAUGGAAAAACAGAAGAUGAAGAUGGAUCUGAAACUGGAGAGUAGCACACUAUAAGACCCACGUUUCAGGCAUCGUGUCACUCGCCCAAAAGGAAAAGACUCCAGCUAAAUGAGAAAAAUGCGCGCACACUGGCUUGAUUCUAUCUAACAAACAGUCGAACACUGUCGGAUGAAACAUUAUGCAAAUAUUCAUUUUAUGUCAUUGGUUGCACUUCAAACCAGACUGUACAGUCUUGAAUCAAGGCUUUGCCUUUUGCUGCAAAUGCUUGCUUCAGUUAAACUUUCUAGGAUAAAUUGUCCUCUUUUAAGCCAACCAUAAUCUUUGCUGUAUUCUAGAAUAUUCUCUCCUUUCUAUGUUGACUUUGAAUCAUUUGUGCAUUGUACCAACUACACCUGCUAUUUGCAGACUAACUUAAUGUAUACUGUAUCUACUUGUCUUAUUGAUGUCUGUAAUGUAUACACCCACACAAGAUACUAGAAGAUAAAUAAUGUUAUUUGAAUAGAACAUAAGCUUUACACUUAGGCCCUGAGGAAAGAUCUCAGGUAAAUAGAUUAAUACAAUUCUGGGAUUUUUAUUCAGGCUUCAGACAAAAUCAUCUUCUAGCAAAAUAAUACUAACAGACCUGACCAAUACUACAGCUGGCACACAUUAGGAAAAGCAACGCAUUCCUUUAUAUGUGUUUGCAUCCAAUUUCAAGUGACUGACAUGCAUGAACCAACAUUUUUUGAAAAUGUACAAACGGCAGAUUGGAAAGUAAAAUGGACAUAAGCAGGUACUUAGGAUAUUGUUCCCAGCACCAAGUGUCAUUGGCCAAAACCAGGGUAACGUAGCUGACUUCUAGGGUCAUAUACAGUAAGCCUGGAACGGUCAUUCUCAAUCCAAAACAGCAUUUCCUACUCGAUCCAUUGGAGAGACAUGCAAAGUCCAUGUCUACUACACACAAAUGCAGACUUCACAUGACAUGAAUACUUGGAACACACUUUUAAAAUUCUAUGAAAAAAAAGACUCGCCACCAUUUGUGAACACAAAGGACAAUAAAAUAUAAAGCAUAAGAAACCCUGUCUGUAUUAGGUAUUAUGACAUAUUCAAUGAAACUGCUACAAUCUCUCCAGAGAUAAAUGUCCUCAGUCUAGGCCAGAGCUAUAGAAGCAGAGGGUAUUUCACAAGCUGACAGAAAUGAGCUCACUAAUGUUCACAACUGACCAAAUUUCUUAUUGUAUUUUCAAAUGUCCUGAUCCAGUCAAACACAACAACAAUAUGUCUUAGUUGAUCAAUCUUUGGUCAGAUAUGUGCAGAACAGAUUCUAUGCUUACUGGUAUGGUAAAUAUUUUUUGCAACUUUAAGUGGCAAAUGGCUGCGACCAGCAAUGUGAAACAGCCUCUAGGAAGGGAAGAAGGCCUUGCAGAGAGAAGCCAAUCCAAGGCAAUAUGCCGAGUCGUGUUCAUUAGGGCACUAAUUGAAAACCUUUCACUACGUUUUUACAGGAAAGCAAAAAUGUGCUUUUCUUAUUGGACAAAUCCAGAUGACCUCUCCCUGUUUGUCCGGUUUCUUCCGUUUGGUGCCUAAUGAACACAACCCAGGACAGUA